GCUGAUCGUUUCACGAGGUCAUUGUGCGUUCAUUCAGCUCAGAUUUCGAGACUUCAAACGUCGGGAGGAUUGUCCACGUUAGAGUUCGCCCAAAAUGAAUCGUGGCGAGGGGACGGGCUGCCGCACGGGCGGCGGUGCUGUGAAGUUUUCCUGUGGGCGCGAUGGAACUUGUGAGCGCUGGUUCAAUAUCCAAAAUGUUGCCGAUGCGUGUCCAGCGUCUCGCGCCCGAUUGCGUGGCGGUUCCUCAUUGCUAGCUGCGUGUGCGAGAGCGGGCGAUGAGACAAGGAACAUUCAAGACAACAAGAAAAAGAUCCUGAUGUCGUCCUCAACCUCGAUAGACAUGUUCAAUCACCGAGUCGAUCGGAAACGAGCUCGAAGUUGGCACUUGGUGGUGGGAUGUCGCGGGAUCGGAGGUAAUCUGGGAUAUUUCGGAUUCGCCAUGGGUAUCCUUUGUGCUGAACAUUGUGGAUGGGUGGCUUGGCCACAGUUGGCUGUGAGUGCGACAUGGGCGAUUCCUGUUGGAGGGAAUGGCUACACACGGACGAAGCCGCUCCGUUGGUGGUUCCGCCCCGCACGGAGAGGAGCGUCGAGGGACGACGUCGCCGCCGGCAAGGGAAACGAGUGGGCGAGUCAGGACGGCUCCCACCCGUUGCAACCACCGUGCGGGCCGCUCUUGUUCGUCGCCGUUCGCGCCGACAGAACGCGUCUCGCAGGGUCCAUCGUCCAGUGGGUCGACGAUGGCGAAUUCAAUUUCAAGUUUACGUUGACGAAGCAUUACAGAAGUGAUGGUUUUGUCGACGGCAUCGCAAAGGGAUGCAAGGUUGUCGGGAGGAUGUUCGGCGGGUACGGCCGUCGUGCGAUGUCUUUGCCUCACUUUCUCCCGCUAGCGUCGGGGCACGACGAGGUCUUUCACGUCACAGACUUCCUCGAGAUCUGGGCGAAAUCUGGUACCUCUGUCAGUGCCGUGGACGUCGGACCUGGAACAUCGAUCAGUGGUCCUGUUGGGUUCGCGGGAGGAGAGUGCUCUGAAAGGGAGUCGGGAGGUCAGGGCGGCCUGCCAGCUACGCCUCCUGAUCAAGAGGUGGGCAUGUCAGACGACUCGGAGGACGACCAUCCGCGUGCUCCUUUGAAACCGGGCUUGCAUAAGGACGUCGUGUUGCACAUCCACCCCGAAAGAAUUUUAGCUAUUCCAGACUGGGAAGACGCGUACAACCACCGAUCCUUGGACGAGUUCCUCGUUGAUACCAUCGCGUCGGCUGUGAUCGACUGCUAUGAACGUAAAGACAUGAGAUACACGAAGCCCAUUUUCGUUCUCGCUCCGAUCGUCGCGCCUCCAGAGAACGGCGAGCCUGCUGUGCGCGUGCUGCCUGCUGACUUCGACAACUCACACCGGGAGAAAUACUGGUAUUAUCCUGUGUGUGGACAGCAUAACGCGAGGGCGGCGAUGAUGGUGAAAGACCAUCCCGUGUUUGAUUACUACAACUUCUGUAAAUGGCUGUUCAGACYGAUYYACUUCCCUGAYRACGAGUUCGACGGCUACGCCCAUGUCAGCUGCRAAGACAACAUGAAAGACAAGAAGAAUCCACCUCGCUUGCAGGUUUUUUCUAUGCGGGACAUUCGCAAUAUCUGGAAAAUAAAGGGCAAACCGCGUGUGGUGCUCGGCAAUGCCUCGAAGAAACAGGACGAGGUGCGAAAGUGGAUGCGGUUCAUGGCGUUGGCAAUGAAGAAGACGCCGUACACGCCUAUCUGGAACCUGUCAACGGAAGCAAAGAAAAGAAAGGAAUGGGCUGAGAAACUUCGAUACUACCUCCCGCUGGCCAUGGCAGAUGACUCCGUCUUCACUUUGGGGUUGAAGUUUUAUGAGGAGUGGUCGAAAGGGAAACUCCUUGCUUCCGACGGGCGGCGUGGACGACCCGUCGUUGAAAAAGGGGAAGGGGAACCAAAGAAAGGCGCGGAGGAGAAAACUUUCUACGUCCAAGUUCCGGAGCCGGAUGUCCACUGCUGGAAGGAAUUGGUGGACUUGACGGACCGCGAGAAGAAAAGGUUGUUGAACGGUGUCUUGAACCUUAACGUCGUGUGGGUUCAAACGAGUAGCAAAAAGUUGGCCGAGCAGGGGAAGUUUUGUGUCAAGGAGAUGGUCGACACAAUAAAAAUGAACCGGAUUAUGCUGAGGCUGUGGCACUACGUGGAGUUCGAGUACGAGGAAAUGGAUAAGCGGGAGUGGAAUGCCAACUCCACGUUCUUCAGGUCCAAGAAGCAACUGUUCGAAGAGUUCAAGGACAGAGGUCUCGACGACAAGCUUUGGAACAAGAGCAGGAAAUUUUUCACGGACAUAACAUACGUCAACAAGUGCCCUCAGUUUCUCGGGUGUCAUCACGACAACAACAUCAAGAGAACGGCGGCCCUCGUCAACGACCAGCAUUUCCCGGCGGAAUGGAAGCGUGUCGUCCUUUCGGUGAUYACUGGAGAYCGCGCCAAAGGCAAAAAAAGYCYUYGGGGCGUUGAUGAAUGCAUCAACAUUAUGUGGACAAGGACAAGCGCCUUGACGACGCUGGCCCAGUUUAACGUCGACCCAUUGACUGCCAUAGAUCACAAGGCCGCGCUGGGAAAACAAGGGCAUCAGCUACGCUCCCCCACUUGCGUGCUCGACUUGUGCGGAACUGUUCACCGUGCGCAAUGGGACUCUAGGUCAUUCGCGUCUCUGAGUGAGUUGCUGGGCUUCGUUUGUCAGGACUACUGGACAUUGGUGGUAUUCGUCCCCUGCCUGUGGAACCUCUCCUUCAUGACAUGUUUGUCUGCGCUUGGGGCUACCCGACGCUACACAGGGAAGUGGGUUCGGAAGACGGCAUCAAAGAAGACGCAUCAGUUCGGAAAGAGCAUUUGGGAGGAGCCGGAUGUGAUGCACAUCCUUUUCAAAGGCGAGGAUCCUCGACUACUGACUCACCCGGUGUACGAGGGAUCUGUUGCUGAAGACGACGACGCCGCUCUCCGGAGGAAACAGAAAGUGACACCCACGGAUGUGGAGGAGAAGUCUUCGACCGGUGACCGCAAUGAGGAAGAGGACGGUGGGGUUCUGGCGGUAACAGGGAGCACCUCAAUGGAGACGGGGAACGACUUGAGGCCUGGGUGUAUUACGCGGUCUGGCGAGCAGGACCCUGUGAUUAGCUCCAUCAGCAAAACACAGUUUGUCGAUGCGGUUGGCGGGGCGGGUGUCGCAAAGCAUGGAACAUGCUUCGCUCAGCUCCAAAAACGGUUGGCGGAUUGUCUCGGAUCAAUCCGAACCUCGGAGACGACCUCGUUGUCCGGAACUCAAUGCCUUCCGGGAAGCGAGACGACAACAUACCACUGGUCCGGCAGCGACAAGCUAGAACCGUGUUCCGUUUCGCCUCAAAAGGAAUUUCGGAUUAAUCCGAACCGCGAAGGCCGUGCUAUCAAGGGAGCACGGCUGUCUACAGAACUCGAACGGGUGGUCCGGGUUUCCGAAAACCCUGGCGACGGAAUUCGGAUUCAUCCGAACCAGGAAGCCGUGUCUACCAUGACAGACGAUCGGUGUCAGGAUGCAGUAAUGAUGUACGUGGAAGCCCAUAAGGAGCUGCAGGCGGACUGUCSGACUGAGGGUGAGUUGGCGACCAGCUCCAAUGUCGAGCCCAACAGACUCAGAGCCGAGUUAGUGUUCGUAAGCGACUCCCCGGUGAAAGCGGUCAUGUCGGCGUCAUUGGAAACUGCGGAGGCUCAGAUGAAUCCGAACCAGGGCCCUGUGAACAUCUCCCUCCCUGAUGCAUCUUUGGAGACGACCGUGAUUCGGAUUCAUCCGAGGCACACGGACGAAGGACUUCAACUGGUAGGCGUUGAGGGUUGUCGACUACUGACGACUUUGGACAAGGACAAUUCCGCCGAUGACCGGAUUGAUCCGACACUCAAGGACGUCGGGAUGGAGCUACCAGUUCAGCCGGGAUACGACGAUCCCUUGUACUCCGCCCUUCACAACGAGGCGACGGGGGAGGACGAUCUGAAGAAGGCCUUUGACGCUGUAGGAGAUAGAUUUCUCUAUUUGAGUGACGACGACAAAGACACAGCGUACGGGGACAAGAAGUUAAGGGGGGGAGAGGUGUUGUUUGACAUCCAUGGGACAUUGAGCCCAACACAAUACGACACAGGGGCAAUGGAGAAAACACAACCUGCCGAUGUUGUGGACGUCGACGAUCUUUGUCCGGAGACGAAUAUACCGUCUACGGUCAUCGACGCCGACAUCUCGAGCCUGUCAAGUUUCCCUGUGGGUUUGGAGCGCGUCGUCGCCUCGUCGACGCGCGCAGGGGUGCCAAUCGUGCUGGGACUGCCGUCGGUGGGCUCUGGUGAAGUAGUAGCUAGGCCUGGUAAGCACUGACUUUCUCUGCUUUCUUCCCGCUCGUCAGCCCGUUCG